AUGCAAGAGCAGGUGUAUGCCAUGUUUGGCUUGUUGCAGGCUCUGGCUUCUGAACUGAAAACUGGUUUCACCGAAGCAAUGCAGGAACUAUCAAGGAUCCAGCAUGGAGAGUAUGCUCUUGAGGAGAAGGUCCAAAGCUGCCGCUGUGCCAUGGAGGAGAAAGUGGCAGAGAUGAAGAAUUCUCUUAAUUGUUUCAAGGAUGAGCUCAGUGAUGCCAAGUCCAUGAUUGAGGAAAUCAGUGCCAAACAGGAGGAAAUGCAGCAGAAGAUUGAACAGCUGCAGCAGGAGAAGCGGAAAGAAUCUCGCAAGCUCAAAGCAAAAAGAAUACAGAAGGAGGAGCAUGGGUCACAAACAGUCCCUACACCUCUUCAAGGAAGUCCCUUUCGAUCACUAAACCUUCCGGAGCCAGUUUUGAUUAAUGAAGAUUUUGUAAAGCUGUUGCAUAACGCAACGUAUGAGAAAGUCUCUGACUGCAGGCCCAUGGGACUAGGAGAAGGCAGCAUGAAAGGGUUAACCGGUACAAAUCUGGAGACGGAAGAGAACCUCAGAUCUUCCUCGUCUGCUGAUGCUCAGCCAAAGGGCCAAUCAUCAUCCACAGUGUGGAAGCAGCCCAAGGACAGUAAAGACUGGGCCGGCGAACAUAUUUCAAAGGACCAGAGUGACAGGCAGAAGGAGCUAGGUCCCAGUAGCUAUAGCUCAAUGGAGAAUGCAAUGCGAGAACCGUCUAUUGCAGCUAAAAGGCAGAAUAUUGCUUUGGACUUACUUGAGUCAGAAAGGAAGUAUGUUGUGAACCUCACCCAGAUCCUCAAAAUUAAAGCCACGUUGUAUGGGCAGGACGUGAAAAGGAACUCCAAAGAUAGAAGUUUUGUCCCCAAUUCUCUUCGAUACUUGGUCCAGCAGCAUGUGGACUUACUUCAUGCCCUGCAGGAGAGAGUCCUGAGCUGGCCGCGGCAAGGAAUCCUGGGAGACAUCUUUCUCAAGCUAACCAACGAUGAGAACGGUUUUUUGGAUUAUUACGUUUCUUGCUUGAGAGACUUGCCUGAGUGCAUUUCACUGAUCCAUGUGGUGAUUGUGAAGGAGAUUGAGGAAGAAAUUAAGUCUGAUAUUUACAUAUUCUUCUUUCAUAUUGUCCAGCGUGUUCCUGAAUACCUCCUUCAUUUACAGAAUAUCCUGAAGUACACGGAGCAAGAGCACCCUGAUUACUACCUCCUUCUGGUUAGUGUACAGCGCCUGCGAGUGUUCAUCUCGCACCACAGCCUUCUUUUCCAGUGCAACGAAGACCUGCUGAUACAGAAGCGGAAGAAGCUGAGAAAAUCUUCCUUCGGAAAGUUAUACAAAGGUCUAGCUUCUCUAUGCGCCAGCGCUGGCCAAGAUGCGUCUCCAACGCUUAGUGCUACUUCCAUCCGCGACAGUGGAAUCCACUCUGAAGAGGCCAUGCAGCUGUUCCCAUCAGCCCCAACUUCUGGAACAACGGCCAUGCACUCGAGGUCCCACAUGAAAGCGAGCCCCCAGCAAGGCCUGGAGGGCCUGCAAGGCGCUUCCCCUUGCGAGUGGGAAACGGACGGGCGGCGGCCCGAGCACGGCCUGGCGCCCUCUCAGCUCAGCGAGCACGACCUGAAAGCUCUGGCCGCCUCCCUGCACGCCCUCCCGGACCUGGAGUACGGCGGCGGCAGCGGCGGCAGCAGCGCCCCUCCCUCGACGGGCCCCGACGGCAACCGCGAGCGGCCCCGGCGGCGGGCCUCGGCGGCGGACCUCCUGCAGGACAGCUCCGGCUUCGCGCCGGACUACGAGGGCUUCGAGUACCGGGGCGACCCUUACGAGGAGGUGGAGCCGCUGCGGAACCUGCCCGCCUUCGAGGCGUGCUCGCCGGCCUCGUCCGAGUCCAGCAUCGACAUCUGCUUCCUGAGGCCCGUCCACUUCACCAACGAGCCCGGCAGGACGGAGCGCACGCUGCAGCCGCUGCCCAAGAGCGCGGCGCCGGCGGCGGCCAGCGGCACCUACAAGCGCGAGGUUUUCCGCAGCAAAGGCAAGCAGCUGAGCCGCUCGCUCAAGGAGUUCCCCCGCAGCAGCGGCGGAGGCGGCGGCGGCACCGAAGGCAUCGCCAGCACCAGGCUCUACAGCACCCGCAGCAGCAGCGGCAGCCGCCUGCCGGCCCCGACGGAGAGGGGCUUCCCGGCCCACGGCGCCCCUUCUGCCGCCUCCCGGAGCUCCCAGCGGCACCACUUCCCGCCGCCGAGAGGAGCGGGCGACCAGCCCAGCUUUCUGGAAGAGAUGCAUUUAGAAGACAACACCAGAUUUUCUCAUAGGGAUGACAAUGAGCAAACCUCUUUCAGCAGCCACACUCCAAGGCAAGAACAGAAAGGGAGAUUGCGCAGUUCCUUCCGCAAGCUGUUCAAAAAGAAAUGAAACACACAUCUGAUUUUAAAAGUAGCUUAUUUUAAAAUUAAGACACCAGCCUUUUGGCACUUGAAAAGAAGAAACAACCAACUCCUGAUUUUUUAGGAACUAUUAUUUUAUCCUGACUCUGGGGGGGUCAGAAGCUUACCGUAUUUUUCCGUCUAUAAGAUGCCCCCAUGUAGAAGACAUCCCCUAUUUUGGGGAUCUCAGAUUUAAGAAAAUGGCCUCAGCAAUAUCCGUGUAUAAGAUGCCCCCUAAUUCUUGACAUAAUUUAUUAGGGGAAAACCUAGUCUUAUACACUGAAAAAUACGGUAUUUUGCCACUCACGCAACAGUUAACUUAUUGCUGGCAUCAAGCAAUAAGGGCCUCAUGGUUAUGGAAGAUUGUAGUAUGAUGUCAUUGAUGUAUAUGUCACAAUAUUUCUGAAUCUCUAUCAGGACAUUCUACAUACAAA